CCAUCACCAGGAUGACUUGAACCACCACAUCCCAAGGCCUUCGCCUUUCGAUAUCACUACAGCUCGAACUUCACAUCUCGGCUUUGACAAAACCGUAUCCCGAUCAAAACACAGCCGUCCAACAUGGUGCGAGUCCUCCGCGUCGCCGCACUCGUCCCCUUCGCCAGCGCGCUGAGCAGCACCCAUGAAGCACCCGCAAAGCGCGUCGCAAUCAUAGGUGCCGGCGCCGGCGGCGCAUCAACAGCGUACCACCUCGCCCAAUACGCCGCCAACUCCUCCAUCCCCGUCAACAUCACCGUCUUCGAGCGCGCAUCCUACAUCGGCGGGCGCACCACGACCGUCAACGCAUGGGACGACGCCGCCUCCCCCAUCGAGCUCGGCGGCAGCAUCUUCGUCGAAGUAAACCGCAUCAUGGUCUCAGCGACGAAAGCGUUCAACCUCUCGACCGCCGACUACGACAGCACAGCACAACUCGAACUCCCUGAUCUGGGCAUCUGGGACGGGCAGAGUUUUGUGCUGGUCACACGGCAGGAGGAUGGGUGGUGGGAGAAGACGAAGCUGGUGUGGCGGUAUGGGACGGCGCCGUUCUGGACGAAUCGGCUUAUGAAAGCGGCGGUGGGCAAGUUUCUGACCAUGUACGAGGAGCCUGUUUUUCCGUGGACGAGUCUGAGCGAUGUUGUGGAGAAGGUGGGGUUGUUGGGUGUGACGGGGGUGACGGGGGAGCAGUUCCUCGAGGCGAAUGGCGUGUUGGGGAGGUUUGCGAGGGAGGUGGUGCAGGCUAGCACACGAGUAAACUACGCCUCCAACCUCGCGCACAUCCACGGCCUCGAAACAAUGGUCUGCAUGGCCACCACAGGCGCAAUGUCCAUCCACGGCGGCAACUGGCUUAUCUUCUCGCACAUGCUCUCCUCCUCCCCACGCAUAACAACCCACCUAAACACCCCCGUAACCUCCCUCUCAAAACAACAAAACGGAACAUACCACCUCACCACCCCCAACACCACAGUCCCCUUGCAAUACGACGCCGUAAUCCUCGCCUCCCCCCUCCAAUUCGCAAACCUCACACUCUCCCCCCCUCCCGCCCACACUCCAGACACAAUCCCCUACACAGCCCUGCACACCACGCUCUUCGCUUCGCCGCACGCGCUCAAUCCCCAAGCGUUCAAUCUGCCAUCUACGGCGAAGGUCCCGCAGAUCGUCCUCACCACGCUGCCCGACGGCGAGGACGCAAGAGAAGACCCCGGUUCACCCGCGUUUUACAGCAUCUCGCUGCACGACUACCGCUUGAACCCGCGCGCCACGCCGCCGCGCAUGGAGUACGUGUAUAAAAUCUUCUCGGGGGUGCGCGUGGACGCCGGGUUCCUAAGCGGGAUCCUGGGGCGCAACGUCAGUCUCCCCGACGAAGCCGCAGACGAAGGCGUAGCCGGGGAGGUUAAACACGACGGCACAACACAGCCUAAGCUAAACCCCAAUGCGCAUGUUAGCUGGAUACAUCGUAAACUGUGGCUCUCGUAUCCGCGCGAGUAUCCGCGUGUGACGUUUGAAGAGGUAGUGCUGGAUGAGGGGCUGUGGUAUACGAGUGGGAUUGAGGGGUUUGUGAGUACGAUGGAGACUAGUGCUUUGAGUGGGAUGAAUGUUGCGCGGUUGGUUAGGGAUGGAUGGGUUGCUGGGAAGGGGGGGAAGGAGGAGGAAAAGGAGGAGGAGGGGCAGAGUGAGCUGUGAGGUAUCUACUGGUUGCUUAGUGGUUUGAUGGGAUAUGAUUUACAUCUCAAUCCUCAACCCCGUUCUCGUGCUCUGCGU